CACACGAAAACACAGUUAGGAUCAGUUAGGAUGGGCGUUGGAAGUAAACUGAAGUAAACGUUCCACCCUCCUCGUAUAAUGAAUCACAAUUAAAAUUAAUUGUUUCUUUAAUUACAGUCGUUUAUAUUAAUUUUAUGAUAACAUGGCAAAGCAACUGCGAUUACUAUUAUGUAUUCUCUACUUCAUAUGCCACUUUACGUAUUCCGUCCAAGAAUCUUGCCAAAUACCAUUAGUUAUAAGAGGAUCAUGGUUCUCUUGGGAAAAUGGGAGAAACACAUUAACAGAAAUAAAUGCUGAGACGAUGACUGAUCGUGGAUAUUGCAUCGAUAUGCUGGAGGAAUAUCAUGUAAAUUACACAUUUAUUUUUAAGAGCGAGCAGUGCUAUCACUGUGUUAAAUUGAUCGUUAGGACAGUGAACGUCUUGGAGAAGCUUGAAGCGUAUUGUGUCAAUUUGCCUAAUGGUAUCGAGCCCACAGUGGAUAACGUUUGUCGAGGAUUGAGACCAGAUCAACAACUGAUAACAUUAUUCUCAGAAAAUUAUGUACCUGUUAAUUGUAGAUCUUCUCUCGAAGGUGUUUGGCAGUUUGCUUAUCAGAAUCGAUUUAGAUUCACAGGAGAAUGUAAUCAUCCCGGUGCACAAAUUAGAUCAUGCCAAACUGCAGGAACGCAAUUCUUGAUAACAAAUCAGAAAUUCAAUAUCACUUACAAACAGUGUACCGGCAUGAAGAAUACCUUCGACGGAAUUGUCGAAUACAGUUGCUUGGGAGACUGGUUCGUGGAUAAAAAUCACUUUUUCGCAGUUGCGAACACGAAGGAAUCGAGGAAGGAUGAGAAAUAUCGAUGUUUCUUAAAAAAUCGUGACGACGAUCUUUACAUCGGUGUAUCUAUCACUGCCGAGUGCAACACUUUAAAGACAGUUGAAAAAAGCCCAGAACGUUUAAGAGUAACGCCUGUUAAAGCAGAAGUAGUAGAACCAGGUUGCAGAUUACCGGAAGAUAUGAGCGGACAAUGGAUAAACACUGCCAACAUCGAUGCAGACGUAUUCAUCAAUGAGACUCAUAUAAUUGAAACUUAUUAUCCAGACGAAGGUCGAUACAGGCGUACAAUUUAUGUGUGCCGCGAGUCGAGAGAUACCAGGGUGAUGAUGGCUAGAUUAACUGUCGACGGAUGCCAAAAAGAUUACGUUUGUUUCGAUUUUGUACGUCGACAUCACAAUAUCAUUCGAUAUCGUCGCGGUCUUGCCGUUAUUAAAGAUGAUUUUCAUACUGUAUGCUCUUGGGUUCAGUUUCCUAAUAAGGAGGCUUGGAAGUAUGAUUUACUUCUAGCUAGGAACCCUGUGCCAGUACGCUGUCCAGUGGCUGGCAAAUAUAAGUUUAUACAGAAAGGAGAUGUCUUGUUUGAAACUAGAAUUUUGGGAGGUGUCACGUUGUCUCCUCGUCCGAAUAUUUAUUGCAAGGAAAAUAUCUCGGACUUCUCCGUAUGCGAUACCGAUCAAAAGGAAAUAGCUAUCGACGAAACCUACUGCUUGUCGGUAGAUCAUUUAGGAAGACCCGUAGAUAUUUACAGUCUGCCGGAUUACAAGAUGAAAUGUAUUGGGUUUUGGAAAGAAAAUUUAAAGUCGUAUUUAAUAACGUUCGACGAGUUAGAUCCCUUUAGUAAAUAUCGUUGCUGGGUUUAUCAGAGAGCAGAUCUGAACAAAGUUUUGAUGUCUCAAGCUAUCGGACCGUUUUGCGAUCUUAAACAAGAUGUUACAAGCAGUAAUUACACUGAAGGGGCCGCGGUUGCAUUAGAGAUGCAGGAAUAUGAAAGAGAACGCGACCAAUGUCCCAUGUAUUUUGAUGAUGGGACUAAUCCUUGGGCAGUAACCGAGAAUUUUGUACAAGUAUUCCAUUACGGAGGUGGAGGUGUAAAGGUUUCUUCCUCGUAUCUGUCCAUACUCUCGGUAUUUACCAUAAAUUAUAUAGUAAGAAGUAUAUUUGCGAUUCACACAUAGUUUUAUCGCAAUAAU